GACGUCAUUGUCGUCAUAAUAAAAUAUAGCCUACUUCCUUUUGCCUUUGUACUGGAAGACCUGUCGGCACGUGCUGCAAAGAAGUCGCAUUUUCUUAACGCUGGGUGUGUUAAACAUCGUUUCGAAACGUAUUUGAACAGGAAGCAAAAUGGCCAAAGCUCCAGCAGUGGGUAUUGAUCUGGGAACAACGUACAGCUGUGUAGGAGUGUUCCAGCAUGGAAAAGUAGAAAUCAUCGCCAAUGACCAAGGAAACCGAACCACACCCAGCUAUGUGGCUUUCACCGACACUGAACGACUUGUCGGCGAUGCAGCCAAGAACCAAGUGGCCAUGAAUCCUGAAAACACAGUUUUUGAUGCAAAAAGACUUAUAGGCAGACGUUAUGAUGAUCCUACUGUAACAUCAGAUAGAAAACACUGGCCGUUCAAUGUGGUUAGUGAAGGUGGAAAACCAAAAAUUAGUGUCUUUUACCGUGGUGAGAAGAAAAGCUUUUACCCAGAAGAAAUCUCGUCAAUGGUCCUGAACAAAAUGAAGGAGACGGCAGAACAGUAUCUAGGAAAGACGGUGACGGACGCAGUUGUAACAGUUCCGGCUUAUUUCAACGAUUCUCAACGACAAGCGACCAAGGAUGCAGGAACGAUCUCUGGGUUGAACAUUCUCCGAAUCAUCAAUGAGCCAACAGCAGCAGCCAUUGCAUAUGGUUUAGACAAGAAGGUUGGUGGUGAGAGGAACGUGUUGAUCUUUGAUCUCGGUGGUGGUACUUUUGAUGUGUCGAUCCUUACAAUCGAAGACGGAAUCUUUGAGGUGAAGUCGACGGCAGGCGACACCCAUCUGGGAGGAGAGGAUUUCGACAGCCGCAUGGUGAACCACUUCGUCCAGGACUUCAAGAGGAAACACAAGAAGGACAUCUCAGAAAACAAGCGAUCAGUUCGACGUCUACGAACAGCCUGUGAACGAGCUAAACGAACCCUAUCUUCUAGUAGUCAGGCCAGUAUUGAAAUAGACUCCCUCUUUGAAGGCAUCGAUUUUUACACCAACAUCACUCGGGCUAGAUUUGAGGAACUGAAUGCCGAUCUCUUCAGAGGAACGCUGGAACCUGUGGAGAAAGCGAUGCGUGACGCAAAAUAUGACAAGGGUCAAAUCCACGACAUUGUUCUGGUGGGCGGGUCCACUCGAAUCCCCAAGAUCCAGAAAUUGUUGCAGGAUUUCUUCAAUGGGAAGGAACUGUGUAAAAGUAUUAACCCAGACGAGGCUGUCGCAUACGGAGCAGCUGUGCAGGCUGCGAUUCUGUCUGGCGACAAGUCAGAGGCGGUUCAAGACUUGUUGCUUCUCGACGUGGCGCCUCUGUCGCUGGGCAUCGAGACGGCCGGCGGGGUGAUGACCAGUCUGAUCAAGAGAAACACAACGAUUCCCACCAAACAGACACAGACGUUCACCACAUAUUCGGACAACCAGCCCGGAGUGCUCAUUCAGGUGUACGAAGGUGAGCGUGCCAUGACCAAGGACAACAACCUUCUCGGCAAGUUCGAACUGACUGGCAUUCCCCCUGCCCCUCGAGGUGUCCCCCAGAUUGAGGUGACCUUUGACAUCGAUGCCAACGGUAUCCUGAACGUGUCGGCUGUUGACAAGAGCACGGGCAAGGAAAAUAAGAUCACAAUCACUAACGACAAAGGUCGUCUUUCCAAGGAGGAGAUCGAACGCAUGGUGAACGAGGCCGAGAACUACAAAACGGAGGAUGACAAGCAGCGUGAUCGAAUCCAGGCGAAGAACGGGCUGGAGAGCUACGCAUUCAACAUGAAGUCGACGGUGGAGGACGAGAAACUGAAGGACAAGAUCAGCGAGAGUGACAAGAAGACGAUCACGGACAAGUGUAGCGAGGUCAUCCAGUGGUUGGACUUGAACCAGCUGGCCGAGAAGGAAGAGUUUGAACACAAGCAGAAGGAGCUGGAGGGAAUCUGUAACCCCAUCAUCACCAAGCUGUACCAGGCCGCGGGCGAUGGAGCCGGCGGCAUGCCAGGAGGCAUGCCAGGAGGAAUGCCUAACUUUGGAGGUGCAGGAGCCCCAGGGGCUGGGGGAGCACCAUCUGGGGGAAACGGGGGACCAACAAUUGAGGAAGUCGAUUAAACAGAAGAUUCAAGAGAAGACUGAACAAAUUGACUAGUCCCAAAAUAGGACAAUUAUUCUGUGCACUACAAUCACAAACUUCUAGUUACAUUUUUUAUCUAUAGCGAUGCGCAAAAAAAACAACUUUUCAUUGAGUCAUUACAUGUCAGUUCAACACAGCUUUUGACAUCACCAUCACCGAUUUUCUUGAAAUUUGGCAGGAUGAUUGGUAUCGUGGAGAAACACUCUGAAACCAAAUUUUGUUACAGAUGUGGGUUAACGAACUUUGGGCGGAAAUAGCAUGAUGUCGUGGGUUCAAACAUCCAAUAAUAUAGCACCUAGAAGCAUGGGGCUUUUACCAAGGUCAUAUGAAACCCAAUACUGUGUUCUUGUCAAGUAUUAUAAUUUCAAAAAAACCCUCACAACUUUUAACUUUGACAGUGACAUUUAAAAAAUUCAAAAUUCCAUGAUAUAACAAUUCCAGCAAAUUUAGGAACUCUUAAACUUUGAGUAAUCAUCCAUUAAUGAGAGAAUUUCAUUGAUAAUCUGCUUAGUUUUGAUUUCCGCUUCAUGGGAGCCUUUGUUACAAUUUUGUUUCCUUGGCUGAAAUCAUGUAUGUGCGUCCUUUUGCUAUGGUUGGAUGAACAGUUGUUAGAACAUCUUGACAAUCCAUAGUAAGGAUAUCGGGAUAGUCUGGAAAUGCACAUGAUGGUGCUGGUCCAUGAGGAUGAUGAAGAGUCAGCUGCACAUCUAGAGUUUUCACAUCAGUUUUUUUAACACAUGCCAGCUACCACUGACUGUCAUAUAUCAGUGACAUAUCCUUUUAUGGAACACGCAUCCACGGUGUCUGAAAGGAUAGAUGUAUGUUCCUCUUUGGUCUGGACACUAUGAGAAAACACAAACAACAACUUUAUCUUUUGACAAUGGACAGAUGCUGUGUAUCUUCCUUGUCCCAGGAAUGGUGUGUGCAUUUUUUUAAUAUCUCACUGAGAAAUUCUGCUUCCUUUUGAUACAGCUCCGUUACAAACUGACAAUGAAUAUUUUUGAUCUCAGACUGCAAAUUCAAAGUGCUGGAGAGGUGUCGUUAUUUGCUGGUUAUAUGGUCGUUAGAGACUAGCUUUGGCUGCAAGUCUUAUUAUAGUACCCCCAACUCCAUCACAUGGGCUUUUUCCAUGUGAUGUUGCGAAGAAGUGCCAUUCUGCUGGAAUACCACCAACAUCCUCGUAACACAUAUAUAUAUAUAUAUAAAAAAAAAAUUGUAUUGUGCAGCACAACCAUCUGAAAUGUACAAAAGCUUUUUGGGCACAGCUAUCGUUUCAUGUGUGUUCUCAGAGAUAACAAAGCUUAGCUUCUGAAUCAUCUCGUGUUCGAUAGUAACACGCAAAUGGAUGAAUUGUUGCUUGUAAGUUGUUCCAGUGGAAUUACUGGGUAGCAUCCUGGAUAACGAAACUAUAAUUUUCAGCAAAAUCAGCAACAACCAAGAACUCCCUGCUAAAAAUAAAAAUAAAAAUGUAGACACUUGUUUGGCAAUGAAAUCGUGACACGAGUUUUGAGAGACAAAUCUGUGAAAGAAGUCACACUCGAUCUACUGUUUGAACCUUUGUUUCUAAAGUUGAUCUCAGUCUGUUGAUGUCCACUGUUUGUAUUGAAUUGGAGCAAUCAUGCUGUCUUACAUAUGUCUCAAGUUUAUCCCGCAAACUAUUUGUUCCUGGACAUUCAGAGCAUUGACCUAGAAAAUAUGCAAUGCGUGGUGGAUUGCACUGAAGGGCAGCAAGACGGUGUCGAUAGUGUUUCGUGUCACCAUGAAUAACAGUAUCAAGGUUGGCUCCACAGUUUUUAUGUUUUGAUGUGCGGUACAGUGUGUUGCACUGGACCCAACAAGUACACACUGUUGUGGACGCAGUUAUCAAAUUUAGAAAAUCCAAUUUUAGGUUAUAUAGUACCAGAUGUUUUUGUAUGUGCUGCUUUUGACCAUCUACUUCAAUUAUUUCACCAUUACCUCUGUUGCCUUUGAAAUUAUUUUGCCAUUGACGUUAGGUAUUGAUAGAAUUCCCUGUUCCUUGACCAGAUUCUUAGCCUUCCUGGCCAUAUAAUUAGAACACUGAAAUUCAUCCUACUACCUUUCUAAUACUCCCAACUCUUGGGUAGCACUGCUGGAACUUGGACUUUUUCACUACUACUUAAAUCUUCUUUCAAUUGGUUCAGAGGGCAGCUUAGCAAGUUGUUUUUGACAUGAACUUCAAAAUAACUCUCUUGGUAAGUUCUCGCAAACCUUUAGUCUUUCUCUUGCUGUGACAUCUGAAUGGGUCACAACAUGCUGACUGUCUUAAAAUGAAUUCACUCUUUACAGACGACAUUGUAGACACAUGUAUAAUGGCGCAAGAGAUGAGCAAUAUGUGAAUGUACAAAAUUAAAAGAAAGUCUGCUUUGCCUGCUGUAGUUUUUCACUACAAAUGUUAUAACAAAGUUGAAAAAAAGUUAGCGAUAUAACACUCAAUAAGCUACAAUAAAAAGACGAAGCCAAAAACAAAAUGGUAAAACCCCAUGCUUCUAGGAGCUAUAUUACCGGAGAUAUGAAUGUUUGAACCCACGUCAUGCUAUUUUGGCCAAAGUUCAUUAACCCAUAUCGCUGGAAGAAAGGUGAAAGUUGGUUUCUGAAUGUUCCUCCAUGACACUAAUCAUCCUGCCAAAUUUUAAGGAAAUCGGUGGUGGUGGUGGUGAUGUCAAAAGCUGUGUUGAACUGAUAUGGAAUGACUCCAUUGUUAAUAAAUUUCUUUCUUGAAUUUUCUAGUGCCAUUUUGAUGAAUUACGACAUUCCGUUCAUGCAACUGACUUAUUUUAGGCAUGCACACCGUUUGUUAAAUUUACAUCUUAUUUUUUUAUGUUGCAUAUCUUUUUUUUUUGCACUAAGUUCACACUGCCGGGAUCAUAACAGUUUUUGCUGAGAAUAAAAAUACUCCGUUGAUGAAA